UCGUUACGGUGAGAUCGACGGAAAAAGUAGUGCAAAAUGUGGUUAAUUUUAUUUACAACUAUCUUGGCGGGUUUAAUCUAUCAAUAUGUCAAACGGCAUUACACCUUUUGGUAUAGGGAGGGCAUUGAUGAAGAGCCGGCAAAGUUUCCUUUUGGUAUACUCAAUCCAGUGAUAAAACAGGAACGUAGUUUUGGUCUCGUUCUGAGUGAUAUCUAUCAACGUUAUUCCGGUGAUAUUGUCGGCAUCUAUAUGAUAAAUAAGCAAACACUUUUAGUGCGAGAUGCUCAAUUGGCUCGACAGAUUAUGACCAGUGACUUUAAUAGUCUCCAUGAUCGUGGUCUCUAUGUGGACGAGGAGCGUGAUCCUUUGUCCGCCAAUCUGUUCAAUUUGCCCGGAGCUUCUUGGCGUAAUUUGCGCCAAAAAUUGGCUCCCUCCUUUACAUCCGGAAAGAUUAAGGCCAUGUUUGAGACCGUAAAUGAUGUGGGUGAUAAAUUGGUUCAACAUUUGCUCAAAGUGAUUGAUGAAACGCCAGGAAACGAUAUUGAAAUAAAGGAUAAACUAACCACGUAUGCUGUGGAUAUAAUUGGAUCGGUGAUUUUUGGCCUAGAAUUGGAUAGUUUCACCGAUCCAGAUAAUGAAUUUCGUAAAGUUAGCAAAACUGUUUUGAAAUCCGAAACUAUUUGGAUGAAAUUACACAAUAUGGCAACAAUAAUGUGUCCACCUGUAGCCAAAUUAAUGAAUUUAUUGGGCAUCGAGAAUGAAGUAUUUGUUAGCUUGCGCAAUAUUAUGAAAGAAACCAUUGAGUUCCGUGAGAAACAUAAUGUAAUACGCAAAGAUUUGCUCCAAUUGCUUAUACGAUUGCGUAACACGAGCAAAAUUGGCGAUGACGAUGACCAAGUUUGGGAUAUAGAAACCACGCGAGAGGAAUUAAAGGAUAUGUCAAUAGAUAAAAUUGCGGCACAGGCUUUUCUCUUCUAUAUAGCUGGAUCGGAGACUACAGCAGCAACAUCUGCCUUCACCCUCUACGAGUUAGCCAUGUAUCCUGAUCUACUGAAAGAAGUCCGUGAUGAAUUGGAUUCUGUGCUUCAGAAGCAUAAUCUUAAACGUGGUGAUAAAUUGACCUAUGAUGCAAUCCAGGAUCUUAAGUUCCUCGAUCAGUGUAUAAUGGAGACUGUGCGAAAAUAUCCUGGACUGCCGUUCCUCAAUCGUCAAUGCACAGAGGAUUACGAGGUGCCCAAAACUAAAUAUGUUAUACGUAAAAGAACACCCAUAUUGAUACCAUUAUUUGGCAUUCAUCGAGAUCCGGCAUACUUUCCCAAUCCCGUGGACUACGAUCCCCAUCGUUUCGAUGUGGAUAAUAUGAAUUAUGAUCAGGCUGCUUAUAUGCCCUUCGGUGAAGGACCACGUCAUUGCAUUGCUUUACGCAUGGGCAAAGUCAACUCAAAGGUUGCUGUAGCCAAAAUUUUGGCCAAUUUCGACGUUGUUCCAACACCGCGCAUGGAAGUUGAAUUUGGUUUCGAUCCUACUCCGGUAUUGGUGCCCAUAGGCGGUCUGAAACUACGUCUCAACAAGCGCACAUGAUUGAAAGAAUGUGAAAAAAAUCGAAUAUAUUCACUAUAAUGAAAUUCCAUGAGACACACAAAAGAUUUUCAUUUUCUCUGACAGAUUGCUAUUUAUUCUCAGUCGUCACAGAAUCCAUUUGUUAAAAAAAUAUUACUCUGAGUAAUGAGAGUCUAUUGCUAAACAUAGAGACACAUUGAAUUUUCUAUACCCUUUCGAAGAACUUGCAACAAUUUCUAUGUUUUGAUAUAUAUUCAACACAUGAUAGUCAAUAAAAGCAGUUAUUGUGUUUAUGUAUUUUUAUAAAUAUAGCAGACCGAAGAGGUCAUAAGUUCUAAUUUCAA